CAGUUUGGUACAUGCGCUUUCAAGGUUCAACGUCUGGAGAAACUGCACUAGGAACGCAAGGGGGGGGGGCUAGUAAUCCCAAACGACGCUUCUACGCAUGCGCCAAAAGAUUCACCUUUCCCUCCCCUUUCUGCGCCGAGCCUUGAGGGGGAGGGGACGGAGUCAGUUCUGCGUCUCUCUCUCUCUCUCUCUGAAGUUGGCGGGAGGCGAAGAUGUCACAUGACUUGGAUGGUGAGGAGCACUUUUUGGAAGAGACUAAAUUCAAGGAGUAUUGUGUGGAGUUUAUCAAACACUCACAACAAAUAGGAGACAAUUGGGAGUGGAGAAAUGUAAAGGGUUCUGCAGAUGGCUAUAUGAGUAAAACACACUUACAAGUGAAAGGCAGAGGCAUCUCACCAGAUACAGGGGAGAUAAUGAAUGACAGUGAUGAAAUAACAGUUACAUAUGUUGAGGAAGCACUGGAUGACUCUCAGGUUGCUGGAAUCCAUGUGGCAUCAGAGGUGAUUCGCUAUGAGUAUCAUGUUCUAUACUCCUGCAGCUACCAAGCUCCUGUGUUAUAUUUUCGAGCAUGUUUUUUAGACGGAAGGCCUUUAACUCUGGAUGAAAUAUGGAACAGGGUUCAUGAAUGCUACAGGGAGCGUCUCUGGCAGGGUCCAUGGGACACCAUUACACAACAGGAACAUCCAUUACUUGGACAGCCGUUCUUUGUACUUCAUCCCUGUCGGACAAAUGAAUUUAUGGCUUCAAUAUUAUCCAGUUCACAUAAAGCAAACAGGAGCACAAAUUACAUUAUCUCAUGGCUGAGUGUUGUAGGUCCAGUGGUCGGUCUCCAUUUAUCUCUGAGUUAUGCAAAAGUCAAAUCUGACCAGACUAAAAGUGCUGAAUAAAGAGCAGAUACAGGAAGAAUGGUGAAUGGCAGAACUAAGCUUAGAUGCAAAGACAGCAACAGCAUCGUGGUGAACAAGCUGUCCAAUUCAUCACAAGAUACUUCAGCGUGCUGGACUGCAUUGACAUGAUUGUGUCUUAUUACAACUAAUUGGUUUUUGUUAGAAGGUUUAGUCCUACUAGAAAGGUUCUUUUUUGUGGACUAAGGAUAGGUGGGCAAAGGAUCUGAACUGAUAGGAUCUACAUUUGGGCAUCUGCUUUGUGAAAUAAUUCAACCACUAUAUUUUUAACAAUUCAUAAAUAAUUGUCCAAAGCAAUUGAUUUAAAUUAUCAGAUGAUGAAAAACUCAUUUCCUUUUCCCUAUAGUUCACGCAGUUGGCUGAAAAGGAAUAACUGUAUGCAGAAUUGUCUGCUUCCUGGUAUUUUGGUUUAUCAGACAUAUCCACAACAGUACUGUUAUAGAUGAAUUCAAGUUACUUCACACAUUUCAUAAAGCAUUUUUUGUGGUGUUGGAGGAUGCUGGAGCCAAUUUCAGUGACUAUUACUGCCCGUACUCUGACUUCCUCUGAAGCUGCUUGAGACAACAGAACUGUUUAAAGGCCCAUAUAUAGAUAUUACAUGAUGGACCUUUAAACUGAAAAGCUGCAGUUGGCCUUGGUCUUUAGCGCAUGUAUAUCUUUUGUGCACAGAGUAAAAACAUGUAUAGCGAUGCGUAUGGUUAGAUUAUACCAGGCAUGGAGGCAGGCAUGUUUGUUGUUCACAUUUCUAUCCCAUUCCCAUGUAAAAUGGUAACUUGGUGGUGGUGUCUACUUUCAACAUCAGAAGUGGAGGGAAGCUGAACCAUCUGCCUCACUUCUCAUGGUAUCUUUUACCAGGCCUGACUUUCUUCUCACAGAACAAAGUGCAACUUCAGAGAGAGGAUUUAAAUCACAGGAGAGGGUUAAAUAGCCUUUCGCCCAGUGACCCUUCUCGAGUUAUCUGAGUAUUCCAGUGCUGUAUUCUUGAGGUACAAAAUUAAAUUCCACAAAGCUCAAUAACUUUUAUUAAGUCCAAUAAAUAAAAGGCACACAUAGCAGCAGUUGUCUUCAUAAGCUAAGAAGGUAGUUUUAUUUCCUCUUGAGGUACUUAUUGUUAGAUUAAAUUAUCAUUUGGGUGUACCAUGAGUAAAUUUAUUAGUAGACACCAUAUUUUACUAGGCAAAUGCUCAUUAAGCAGAUUCCAUCCAACUAAUGAGGGUAGUAACUACAGCGUAUAAGCUGCAGUACUGUAUACUGUAAAAUGAUUUUCAAGUCAACCAGUUCAAUUCAAUUCCUUUUCAACAAGCUAUCCCAUAUUGUUAUUUGUUUUGGAGAUGGAACCAAAUUAUGUGUGAAGUCAUAUUCAAAUGUAUGUUUAUAAUUUGAACAUAAUAAAUGUGUGUGUGUAUAUAUAUAU